AUGCAAAUCAUCGAUUGGGCCUGUCUGCUAUUGGUCGCAUCGGGGACUGCUGUAGCAACCGAGUUGCCGAUUGUGGACCUGGGCUAUCAGCGGCACCAAGCAAUUGGCUUCAACUCAACCGGUCAAUAUUACCAAUUCUCCAAUAUCCGCUAUGCCGAACCCCCGCUGGGCCCUUUGCGGUUCGCGUUGCCCGCCCCCCCACGCAGUCGCAGCCACGAGGUUGUCAAUGGCAAAGGACUCGGUAAUAUAUGUCCCCAGUCUCAAGCCUGUUGGUUUAAUGUGCAGGGCGAAUUUGUCAGUGCUGUGACCGCGGGCUCUGAUUUUAAUUUCACCGCCGCGUAUGACCAGGUCUAUCGACAGGAUGGCUGCACCAAACCGCGUCCUGUCGCAGACCAGAAUCCACUGGAGUCGGAAGAUUGUCUGUUCCUCGAUGUGUACGUCCCGGAAAAGAUAAUAUCCAAACGACAGGGUGGAAAGGGAAAACCGAAGCGGGGUGCGCCCGUGUUGGUGUACUUCCAGGAUGGAGCCUAUGUGUCCGGCUCUAAGUCAGAUCAGAAUCCCUCGGGUUUGAUUGCAAUCAGCAGGGAAAAUGGGUCCCCGGGCAUAAUCUAUGUGGGAGUCAAUUAUCGACUGGGCGCAUUUGGAUGGCUGUCAGGCGAGAAGUUCCGGUCGGGAGGAGGAGUACCAAACGCUGGACUGUAUGAUGAGCGUCUGGCGCUGGAGUGGGUGCAGCGGCAUAUCACGAAGUUCGGCGGUGAUCCCUCGCGCGUCACUGUCAUGGGGGUCUCGGCCGGUGGAGGUUCGAUCACGAUGCAACUUACAGCCUACGGACGCGCCAUUCGCCCCCCGUUUGCCCAGAUCAUUGCCCAGAGCCCGGCUUGGGAGCCCGGCACAAAGACUCCGGCCAUCGAGGACGACCUGUUGGAUACGUUCCUGACGUUGUUGAAUGUCAGCAGCUUGGAGGAGGCCCGGCGUCUGCCGUCCCAGGCCCUGCUAGAUGCUAACUAUGAGCUGGUGGCAUCCCGUCCGUAUGCGUCCGGCGUAUUAGGACCUGCUAUUGAUGGAGAUUUUGUGCCCGAUAGUCCCAAGCGACUCCUGCUCGAGCGCAAGGUCGAUCCAUCUGUGCGAAUCCUUACCUCGUAUACCGCCAACGAAGGCUUCAUGUUGGCCCCGGCCAAUGUAACCAAUGACGCCACCUUUGAUCGUUACGUGGAUGUGUUGCUCCGCAGUGCCAAUGCCAGCGUACGCGCUCACGUCACCCAGGUGCUUUAUCCACCAAUAUUCAAUGGCAGCUGGCCAUAUCACAGUCAGCACGAACGGGCGAAUCUGUUCUGGUCCGAGCUCUCCACUACCUGCAACACUCGGUAUUUACACCGAGCCGUUGCAACGCCAGGGUAUGCGAUUGAGUACGCCGUGGCACCCGCGAUGCAUCUCUCGGAUACCACGUCUGUCUUCUACAAUGGACAGGGCUCCGACUCAUCGCUGAAUGCUACCAUCGCACAACUUAUGCAGCGGCAGAUCGUGCAGUUUGUCAAAACGGGGAAUCCAAAUUCCAAAGGAGACCCAAAUGUUCCUCUCUAUCACGGAAAGGCCCAUCUACUUUCUCUGGGAGAUGACGGGGUGUACAUCAAGCCGGACUCGACCAAUACAGACCGGUGUGCUUAUUGGCAGCAGGUCGAUUUUUGA